GUUUACCAGAUUGAGGACAUGUGCUUCAUGCCCUCGACAAGUUCCCAUGCCAGAAACUCAUGUGGGUGACUUUCAUCAGCCCAUAAAACCAACUUGAAUCCACUUGACUGACCGCCUUAUCCUCGCCUUCAUACAAAUAUCCGUAUGUCAUGACUGAAGUCAUAGGAACUGUCGAUUUCCAAGUCGGAAAAGAGACUUACCAGACCUGGUACAAGGUCAUCGGAGACCUAACAUCUGGCAUUCGACCUCUCGUCACUCUUCACGGCGGCCCAGGCAUGUCGCACGUGUACAUGCAGUCGCAUGCAGAGAUCUUCACGACAUAUAAUAUUCCUGUGGUUUUCUACGACCAGUUAGGCACCGGGAGGUCUACACACAUCACCGACAAGGGCGCCGACUUCUGGACGCCAGAGCUGUUCAUAAACGAGCUUGAUAACCUCCUCGCAUACCUCAAAAUCAAAGACGAUUUUGAUCUUUUGGGCCAUUCUUGGGGAGGCAUGUUAGCAGCCGAUUACGCAUCAGCGCGGCAACACCCUGGUCUUCACCGCCUCAUCAUCGCUAAUGCUGCACCAUCACUGAAGCUCUGGGAACAGAGCAUGCACCAUUGGUUGAACAAAUUCCCGGAGGAAUUCAGAGAGAUGUUGAGAAGGCACGAGAGGGACGGGACGACCUCGUCAGAAGAGUAUCAACGAGGAAUGAAGGAGUUCUAUAACAGGUACACCUGUCAAGUGAUCCCUUGGCCUGCGGAGCUUGAUCAAUCUUUCGCGGAUAUGGAUGAGAAUCCCACUGUGUAUACCACGAUGUUCGGAACUUCAGAGUUCAACCUCACGGGGUCGUUGAUCACCUGGGAUGUUACCGAUCGUCUUGACAGAAUUUCUUGUCCGACACUCGUUUGCAACGGUCAUGAGGAGGGGGCACAGGAUUUUGUGGUCAAGCCUUUCAUUGAGAAGAUACCGAAGGUCAAGUGGGUCAAGUUUCAGAAAAGCCACAUUCCGUUCUACGAAGAUAGGGAGUACUAUUUCAAGACCAUCGGCAACUUCUUGACGGCAAUCUGAAUUGAGCAUAGUUCCUGGCGAACAUGUUAUGUAUAUCAUUCAGAUCUUACGC